AUGAAUGAAGCAGCUGUACAAUGGUUGUCCCGCCGCCCCCGCUCGGUGUCCACAAAGCGCGGUGUAACGCGGAGCUGCGCGCGCGCCGUGCGCGUGUGUCGGCGCCUGCAGUGGUGGCGCCGCGCGCGCUGCGCAUGCGCGGUGGCCGCCGCGCACUGCGCCGCGCACACACAGGCCAGCUUGUAUGCAGACAUCGUGCAUGUGCACAAGAUGGACGAUGCUCAGGUGAAAAUCGACAACCGCCUCAAGUACAUCCUAGGCCUGCCUCCGUCGAGCGAUCCACCAAUCAUACCGACAGAAGCGAAAAUCCAAAUGUUUGCGCCGAAGCAAGACUUUGAGACUAUGCUAGAGUGCCAAUCGUUCAAGUCCCAAGUCAGUCCGACUAGGAAAUAUGUCACCAUACCCGGAUUUGUGUUACCUGACUUCCUUAAGCAUAAACAAUGUGACUGUUACGCCUGCAUUAACCCAUAUUGUCCCAUAAUUUUCUACAUAACAGCCGGUCUAGAAGCCUCCAUGUAUUUUCGAGCGAACGAACAAGAAAUAGCUAAAAAUUACUUCAAUGGUGUUAUAAGGUCGUUUGAUUACUUUGAUGCGAAGUUAAAAGCAGUUUUAACGUCAUAUACAGAGUUCGAUUUCGAGAAAUAUAUUAUAGAUCAUACUAGAACAAUGUUUGAAGAGGAAUUUAGGAAGGUGAAAUUAGAAAUUUUGAUCGAAGCGUCGUUUUUUGAGCUUAAAAAUGGUAAUUUUGAUGCUGCGGAUGAGUAUAUCGUGACUAUACAUGAGAUUUGUCAAGAUUUGCGACUAAAUGAUGUGUAUUUGAGCAAUGAAAUCCUGAAUUUGAUGAUCGCGUCAGCUAAACUGAGGAAUGUGGUCAAAAAACAAGCGUUUGAUUUAGAAACUGAGUUCGAAAAUCUUAAAUUGAGUCCGAAAAUGAAGAUGGAAGGUGAUAAAACGCCCGUAUCGAAGGCCAAACUCCCCCAAUUAUCGGCUAGAAAGUCAAAGACGAGGAGUUACCGAAAAAACGUAAAGUUAUAA